CUCAGUUGUCAUGAACUCGCAGGAGUGUGAAGAUGGCGGCUCUCCCGGGCCCGCUGGAUGAGCUGCCCUCACAAACACAGGUGAAUAAAGCGCUGGUCCGUCCCCCUGUCCGGGCUGUAGAGUCACAACUCUCCGUCCUGAGUCCCAACGACCACUGGGGCAGGCGGGAAACAGCCGCUUAUUACACGGCUAUAGUUCCGGGACAAGCGGGCAGCUUCUAAUGUCCAGCUGGUGCUUGGUCAACACGGCCGUGAAGGCAGGUAACUGAAACCGUUGUUUUCCUCUUUCUCUCCACAAGAGCGCACCUGAACAGCGGAGCUGACGGAGCAGACCGGUACAUGUGUCCCGCUCCAUCACACCCCGCAGUGCUUGUGCCGCUUCUGAACAAGUUGAGGAGCUGGGGGGGUCUCGUCACAGCGAGGUGCCCAUGGUUCAGCCAUGGACGCAUCGACAGACUCCACCGCAGGAAACGAUCCUGGACAGAAAACACUUGUUGGUGGCGGUGGUGCAACUUCCUCUCAGCAGGGGAGAGUGGGCUCAGUGCAGACCUGCAACGGCAACCACACUAUGAACUCUUCAGGUAGAGCCGCCGCUCACGGGGCUGAUGCCGUGUCGGGGGCAGCUGUCAGCAGCGGAGCGCUGGGGUCUGAAGGGCUGCCCGCUGCCAUCACGCCGCCCGCGCCCACCACCGUCAUCCAGUCGCCUCUCAUGCACUCUCAGAGUGUUGGGAGCUUUGGGAACCAGGCGGCAGGAGCCACCGUGACGCUCGUCAGGCCGCCUAUGCAAAACGCCGGGUCGGAUGCAACUUUGAAUGGGAACAAUAAUGUGGUGGCGGCCGCUGCAGUAGGACAGCCAGGUGUAAACAAUGUCCAGCAUUCCUCCCCGGGCUCUUUCAGCGCCAGGCCGCACAUUAUCAAAGCAGAGCCGCCCACGACGAUCAUACAGACAGCACCGCAGCCCGCUGUCACCUACGCCCCCGUCAGCUGUCCCCGGGCUCCGGUGACCGCGGCUGCGGGUCCAGUUGGGAUCCGAGCGAUGACGCCUCAAAUGUUUGCCCCGAGGCUCCCGCAGCCCUGCACAGCGCAGCCCAGUGUGCAAAACUUCCAGAUACCCCCGGGGAUGGUGAUCAUCCGCAGUGAGACUGGACAGCUGCUGAUGAUUCCUCAGCAUGCUCUGGCCCAGAUGCAGGCCCAGUCGCAGGGAGGCAUGAUCUCUCGACCUGCAACCCAAAAUAACGUGCCUCUUGGUCAGGCUCCUGGAAACAUCAGCAGACAAGUGGCUCCCACCACCAUCAUCCGACAGGGCUGUCCCGCUCCAACAACACUCGCUGCCACCACCACUCUUCACAGACCUCCUAUUCUUCAGAGCUCAGUUGGGGCUGCAGUACCAGAAAUGACCCCCAGGACUCACAGCCAAACAGCUGGGACCACAGUUUCCUCAGUAACAGUGAGCAAAGAGACAAUGGAGAAUGUUAAUAAAUGUAAGAACUUCCUGUCUACAUUGAUAAAACUGGCAUCCAAUGGGAAGCAAUCAACACAGACUGCAGCCAUCGUGAGAGAGCUGACUAAGGACCUGCUGGAGGGAAAACUGGAACCUGAAGAGUUCACUAGCAGUUUGUACAAAGAGCUCAAAUCCACACCCCAACCUUACCUUGUGCCUUUCCUCAAGAGAAGCCUCCCAGCCCUGAGGCAGCUCACUCCAGACUCAGCUGCAUUCAUCCAGCAGAGUCAGCUCCCCCAGCUGGUCUCAGGUCCAGUCUCCUCCACCUCAUUGACCCCCACCACGGUGGUCCUAAGCAGCCCUGCCAAUCGUCUCACUGCCCCAAUCAGCAGGCCGCAGCUGCAACCAAGCAUCGGCCAGCAAGGACAGACCGCUUCCAUGGUUCUGCAGCUUCAGCAGCAGAGGGUGACAGUGAGACCUCAGGUCAACUUACCACCGACCCCCAUGGUGAUGCUCAGGAAUCAGGCCCCUGGCCGCAUCAUGCUGGGACAGCAACAGGUCCAGCUCAAAGGGCUGCAACCAACAGUCUUCCCUGCAGCUCACAAGAACAAGCUAAGAGACGCUGGCGGCACUUUCAAGGAUUAUGACGACAUCAACGAUGUGGCCUCCAUGGCUGGAGUGAACCUAUCAGAGGAAAGCGCCAAUAUCUUAGCAUCCAAUUCUGGACUAGUGGGAGCGGUGACACAUUCCUGUAAGGAUGAGCCUUUCCUCUCCUGCUCCUUGUUGCAAAAGAGGAUGCUGGAGAUAGGGAAUAGGUAUGGUGUGACUAACCUGGGUGUGGAGGUGGUGAAAUUUGUCUCCCAUGCUACUCAGCAGCGACUCCGGGGCCUGUUAGAAAAUGUAUCCCAAGUGGCCCGGCAGAAAAAUGUCAACUUUAAGGAGGAUGACAAGCAUGAGCAGAACAGCGACGUGCGUGCUCAGCUGAGGUUCUUUCACCAGCUGGACAAUCUAGAGAAACAAAGAAAAGAGGAGCAGGAGAGAGAGAUCCUCCUGAAGGCAGCUAAGUCUCGAGCUAGGCAAGAGGACCCAGAGCAGCUGCGUCUGAAACAGAAAGCAAAAGAGAUGCAGCAGCAUGAGCUGGCUCAAGCGAGACAGAGGGAGGCCAACAUGACGGCUCUGGCAGCCAUCGGCCCCAGAAAGAAGAAGAGAAUCCUGGACUCUCAAUCCUCCUCUGCUGCAGCUGAGGGAUCAGGAGCAGGCCCCUCUUUGCCUGGUGGGGCUGGUGCGUCGAGAUCCAGACCCACGCGGCAGCGGAUCACACGCGUCAAUCUCAGGGACCUGCUCUUCUGUUUGGAGAACGAGAAAUCUACCAGUCACUCUCAUGUCCUCUACAAGGGCUUUCUGAAAUAGGCUUGAUGUCAGACAGGACGAUGAGGAGGAGAGGUGAGAGGAGAGGAAAUGAAGUGUGUGGAGAGACCGGCCGCUCCAACCACAGAGAGAGUGAUACAGACUCUAGCGUAUGAAGAGGAGAGGAGCAACUACCUGAUCACCUGAAAUACAGCAGUAGCUCCAUUUGAUGGUCUUCUUCCUCUCUCCUCAGAUAACGCCUAUUUUCUUACAUAACAGUCGUGGACUUAUGCCCCUUUAUUCAGCCCAUACGACUUAUUUUUAAAAAAAGGAUUCAAAUAGAGGGUUUUUGUAUGAACAAAUGAUUUGUAGAAAUAUGCACUGCAGCACAGUUUAUUUUUUGAUUAUUUGUUUGUGCAGUAGACUGCAAAGCAACUGAAAUCAUUUGUUUAAUUUUACGACCGACUAAUUUUUAUUAAUGAUGAUUCAGUUUCUGUCAACUGAAUUAGUUUCGGCUUCAAACUGUAUAACCUACUGAGUUGCCUUCCUAACUAUAAAUAAGCCAUAUAGCCCAUCGGCAACUAUUAACCCUGCUGUGUCUCCUGAGGCAGGAGCUCGCUCUCUCUCUCUUUCACCUCCAGGUCUUUACUUGACUUUUUUUCUACAGACACAAUAUACUUGAAUUAAUGAUUAGUUAUUUAUUUGACAUCAUGUAACAGCUCAGUUGUUUCAUGUAGCUGCGAUUUAAAACACAUUUAGUGGUGUGUGGAGAUUUCAGUGUUUAUGAAGAAAAUACACAAAUCUGUUUAUUGUUCUUUUAAAAUUAGUUCUGAGGUAUAUCCAUAUUUUGCACUUCAGCAGUUUUCAGAAAGCAUCUCACCUGCUCUGCAAUACCAAACAUACAUCUACCUGAAAUGUCUAUUUUUGUAGUUGGCCACCAACACAGCUUUUUACUCUUUUAAUAGUGACUGACAGUAUCCUCAAUAUUUUCCUCACCUGCUUCUAUUUUUGUGUGCUACUGGACAGCCCCUUACAUUUUUAGUACCUAUACGACUAAAGAAACUGGAGUUUCUUACUGUAUGUUUGUAAAUGUUAUACCCAAAGUUUUACACACGGUUUUGUAUAGAAUCAAUAAUUUACCCAUACAGCGCAAAGAAAAAUACAUUUUCUGUAUUGAAAGUUUGAAUAAAAAUUUAUUUUUUCCGUCAA